AUGGUCAUAAGGCUCGCCGUGCUCCUGGGGGCCGCCCAGCUCUGCCGCGUUGGCGGCGUAGAGAGAGCUGACGCUCUCACGCCGUCUGAGGCGGCGGUCCCUAUCUCGGAGGAUGACGAAUGCUCUGAUGGAUCUGAAGCGGAAACAUGUGCUCUGAACGCAUUGCAGAGGGCAGGUAUGAGGAAGGAGUACCAAGACGAGCUACUUCAAAGUGAAGAAGCAUCCGGCGAUGCUAGCAUUCUCUCAUGGAAAGGAGCCCGAGAGACCGGCAGUUCCUGUUUCUGGACCAACUGUGACGAAGUUUCUCUUGGCCCGACAGAAUGCCAUCACUUUAGAUGCAUCUGCCGGGAGAACUAUUACUACAACAAGGAAGCAGACAAAUGCACGCCAGUCCCCGAUAACGUCGAGGGUCAUGACACCGGUGGCAGAUGCCAUUUCUUCAGCUGUGCGGCCAGUCGUGGAUUGACUCAGUGCGUGGCUGGCAAAUGCCUGUGCAUUGCGGGAUACACGGCCGAGAACGGAGUAUGCAAGGCAAAAGAAGGCUUCAGCGAGUUGCCUGGCGGCGAUGUUUGUGGCACGCCCAAGAUGGAUGACCUUUGCUGGAAAGCCGUGGACUGGGCGAUGCAUGACAACAUCUACGCCAAUCCCAAGCAGUAUGCUGGUCUUCAUGCAGGAGCAUCCAGCUUUCAGGAGUUUCAGCAGUUUGUACACGAGGUGGACAGGGUCACCUGUCCCAAACCAUGUCCUGUGAACUACGAGCACUUCGAGACGCCCAAAGUGCUCGAUCCUGCGUAUCAAACGAUGAAGGGUGUGUCGUAUGGGCCAGCGCCCGUGAAGAAGGCGGGGUCCCCCAUCAACGGUGACGAUUACAUGGCAGACAUCACCGGAGCGAUGUGGGCCGAUUGGGGCCGCGGCGACCUGGAACUGAUCAAGCAGUUGGGAGGAAACACCAUCCGAAUGUAUGGCAACGAUGCAAACACGAGCCACAGGGCCUUCCUGGACCUGGCAUAUGAGAAGGGGAUUGAUGUCGUUGCAGGAAUGAGCGACUUUGGCUUCACACAGGGCCCGGACAACUGCUUGAUCAACGACUGGUACUGCUUCGAUGAGGCAUAUUUCUACUUUCACAAGAACCUCUUGAUGGGUUUCGCCAUCGACUCGUUCAAGCGCUACCAUCCUGCUCUGAAAGCCUUGAUCUUGGCGAACGAACCAGACUUGAAGGUGCAUCCACGAAGUCUGACCUGCAGAGCGAUGGCAUCUGUGUUCGACGCAAUCUUGGAAGCUGAGAAGGACGUGGGUGUAACUGGCAACCCCAUCGCAUUGACCAUCACAUGGUCGUUUGCUCUCUUCCCAGACGCGAACGUUCACCCCAAUGCUCCUGCUUUGGGGCAAAUGGAGGAGUUCUGGGCCUGUCUGCAGAAGGGUACCGAGAAGGAGCCCAUCAACUACACGCCCAGGAAUGAUCUGGUGAAGGCUUUUCGCACGCGAUUUGUUCACAGCUUCAACACGGCCAACAAAGCCAGAGAGGUGGCGGACAUGAUGUUGAACAAGUAUGCUCAAAGCAGUUUCUGGACUCCGACGUUGAAGGUUCCUGUCUUCAUAGGUGAGUAUCACAGCGUGCACGGCAACAUGGAGGAGGACCUCACAGAAGCCGUGCAGUUGGCGAAGUCUCCGAGAUAUCCGUACUUCAUGGGCUAUUCUUUCUUUGAGUUCAGCCGGAGCUACUGGAAAGGAGGUCCUGAGAUGGAGUUUGGCAUGUUCGGCUAUGGCGAUUGUCCACUGAUGGACAUGAACUACACUGGCAACACAUACACCAUCUGGAAUCUGAUUCCACUCAAGGAUCGGCGUGGCAAUUCACUGCCGUCUGCACUUCGAAAGGCCUUUGCGCAGGACAGUUCUCUUCCCAAGAUACUCUCGCACGAGCACAUCCAGUGCAAAGAAUCCACUGCGGGCGUGCCAUAA